GUCCAGGUUCCUGAGCUAGCACUCACUCACUACGCACACUUCUGAGAGGAAUCAGGUCUAGUGCGCAUCCUCAGGGGAGUUUGAGAGACAGUUCCAGAUUUCAAGGUCUCAAUUCUGGUCUCAAGAGGCCUGCAUUAAGUUUCAACCCUGUCUACCGACAGACAGCCUGAGGGACUUAGCCCACCCAGGGCAUCCAUGAGCCUGGGAGAGAGUAGUGGAUCCCACUCCCUGCAGACAGACAGCCUGGCUGAGUCCUGGGCUACAGUCAGCAUCAUGGAUGAAGAUGUUAAGGGUCUGGAUACCACUGAAACAAUUCAGAUGGCAGAGGAGCGUAGUGAAAAUCACUCCACCAUUUCAGACAUCGUGCAACUGGAGAGAGAAGAGGUGGAACUUCUGGAGCAAGAGGAAUUGUUAGAGGAGGCGGAGCUCCAGAGCAGCACGAUGAGUGUCCUGGGCAUUGAUAGGGAGCUGACUGAGAUGGGGGAGGAGCUGUACACACAAGCCACAUCUCAAGUGGAAAUCGACCUAAGACCGCCAGAGACUGUGGAGCUUCUGAUGUCUAUGGAAGAGCCACUUGUUGUUGAAGUUGUUGAAGAAGUUGUGCAGCCUACUGUUACCAUAACACCACCUGUUUCUGAGCCCUCUGUGUCAGAUUCUGUUCCCAUACCAGCUGUAGUUUCUGAAGCACGAGAGAGACUUCAACUUGAACAGAAAUUAUCCCACCCUCCUGAGGUAGACACAUCACUGCCUGCAGAGGGAAACCAAAAAAGCCUCCAAACAAAGUCUAUCCCUGUCUCCAUGGCUGCACAGGAGGCUCCUGCUCCAUCAGCUGAAGAAGCCGUGUCAAAGGCCAAAUCUAAGCCACCUGCCAAAGUUCGCUCCUUUGAACUCCCUGUAAUGUUGUGUGGUAGCGCUGCCCUCGUGGCUGUGGUGGGAAUGGUAACAUACACAUUAAUUAAGAAAUAGCAGGUGUUCCAUGUCCUAUACCAUCUCCAGUGCCAGAUCAUCACUGGUAAACUAGGACAAUGUUGGGGAUGUUGGGAUUUGAUAUCUUUGUGGUUUAUGAAUCCACAGUAUUGUAAUGAUGUGGUAAUGUAGCAUGAUGUGGUUAAACUGGAAAGUUA